AUGGACUCUCGAAUGCGCCCCUUGAGGCGGGCUCUGAAGGGGCUUCGGGCCUGGAUCACUGGCCAAAGGAAGGAUCAAUCUCCAGGGACGAGGUCUGAAAUUCCAGUUGUUCAGGUGGACCCGGUUUUUGAGGGAUUGGAUGGUGGGGCUGGAAGCCUGAUCAAGUGGAAUCCAAUGGCAAAUGUUGAGGGACAAGAUGUAUGGAAGUUCCUUAGAACCAUGGAUGUGCCUGUGAACUCAUUGCAUUCAAAGGGAUACAUCUCUAUUGGUUGCGAGCCUUGCACAAGGCCAGUUCUUCCUGGCCAACAUGAGAGAGAAGGAAGGUGGUGGUGGGAGGAUGCCACAGCUAAGGAAUGUGGUCUUCAUAAAGGAAAUCUGAAACAGGGUGAUGCAGCCCAACUUAAUGGCAAUGGAAACGGGGCUGCCCAUGCAAAUGGGGCUGCCACUGUUGCUGAUAUUUUCAACUCCGAGAAUUUGGUCAAUUUGAGCAGGCCCGGAAUCGAGAACUUAUUAAAAUUAGAGAACCGAAAGGAACCAUGGCUUGUGGUGCUCUACGCCCCAUGGUGCCAAUUUUGCCAAGGUAUGGAAGCAUCCUUUGUUGAAUUGGCCGAUAAGUUAGCAGGGAGUGGAGUAAAGGUGGGAAAAUUCAGGGCAGAUGGCGACCAGAAGGAAUUCUCAAAGCAAGAAUUACAGCUAGGAAGUUUUCCAACAAUCCUUUUCUUCCCUAAACACUCAUCUCGCCCAAUCAAGUACCCCUCUGAGAAAAGGGACGUGGAUUCAUUGAUGACUUUUGUGAAUGCUCUCCGGUAAAACCCUUGACUUCAGUUUCAAUGGUGAGUGGGAAUGGUGGAGUCACGGAGCCUCGAUUUUCAGCAUUUCUUAAUUGUUUGCUCCCAGCACUGGCGCACACAAAUGUAUCUUUGGUCUAUUUGUAUAGUGUUGGUAUAGUGUCUUCUCUUAAUCAUCUUCUCCUUAUAAUUUGUAUUUCUCGAGCCAGAAUUUUGAUGGUUGUUUUUUGUAGUAAAAAUUGUUUAGGUGGAAAGCCAAUAAAUUAGUGCCAAUGAUAAUGAGUAUACCAUUGUUGUUUGCAUUUAUCAAUGAAUGUCCUGAUCUCUCACCAUGAGUCAAGACUUGAAUCA